UUACUAUAACGUCAAUUCUUGGUUCGACAUUAUAGGGACUUGUAUUAAAUAGAAUUGAGGAAAACAAUUAACAGCCAUUGUGAUUUUUAUUUUCUAUUUGUAGUAGAAUUUUUCUAGAAAAUUUCUCUCCAUUUGAUGUGCUAAAAGUGUUUUGUGCUCAGACAAAAAAUAUAUUAACUAUCACCGCGACAGCCGAAAGCGCAUGCCUGACAUCGGCUAAAUAUAUAUUCUGUUACAUAUUAAAGUUUGCAUUCUCUUUCCGCAGUCAAUUCAAAUAUUCCAUGGAAGACGAAUAUCCCUUCUGGAGCCAACAAAAUCAUUUUCAUUGAUUGUAAAUCAUCCAUAAACGAUCUUGGAUAAUUUUCUCUACAUUUGUCUUUGGUGAAAAUUAUUAAAAUGUAUAAAAAGUUUCCAUAAGUGAUUUGUCAAUGAAACUAAAUAAUAAUAAUAAUCAAUUAAUUGUCAUUGGGAUUGACUUGUUGAUUUCUUCAUAUUAUUGGAAUUGAAUUUGAAAUAUUAUCAUCUCCGAAAAAUGGAAACGGGAAUGUAAGUCAUCAAGAAAACAUAUAAAUCCCCAGUGGAGAUAUACAUGUACAUAACGCAGAUGAAGAACUGAAAAGUCAUUGGACUGGUGACUCUAACUUGAGAGGUUUUCUGACGCAUAAUGUUUUCGUCGAGAACCAGAAUAGAAACGAGAGCGACAUAGCAACGUUGAAAGAUAUACUUAAACGGAUUCAUGGCGAACAUACGAUAGUGAUUAUAACUGAGGGUAAAAUGUAAAGCGAAUUUUUGAGAAAAUUUACCUCAAGUAAAUAUGAGCGUUGUUAUAUGGAACGAUAUUUAAAUACGUCUAUUUGAUAAACAUCUUGGGGAGUUAUAAAAAGAGAGAAUCGCAUUAUUGUUUGGAUUAUUUUCAUUACAAUCUAACAUUUCCAGAUGUGUAAAAAAAUGGGUAUUUUUCUAUCUCUUUUUCUAUUAUUGCCAGUGGUACAUUUGUCACAAGUCCCCUCAGUAUGCGGUAGUGAUUCCACGAGUGCUAAAACUCAGGAUAACUUGGUACUCUAUAAAAUUACACUCAAUACUUAUUGGACGCGUAUUAAAUUUCCAAAAUAUUAUCCAAAUGACAGGGCGCAAUUUGGAAAAAUCUUCGGCCAAACACAUGACAAAACAUACUCGCUGUACCGUUUGGGUACCCGAUUAAACAGCGGAUUAGUCCAUUACAUCGAAACAGGUGAAAUCCACGGAAUAACCAGCGAAGGAAGCAAUCGCAAUGUACUCGAUUCAUUCAUCGGCUCAAGUAUAUUUCGAGGCCAUGGCACAAGUACGACACAAGCAUUUUUCGAUAAUAAUCACACACUCGUGAGCAUUAUCUCCCGGCUAAAUCCAAGUCCUGAUUGGUUCAUUGGCCUGGAUUCAUUUCAGUUGUGUAUCGAUGGUGAUUGGAUUGACACUGUCACUGUUGAGCUCGAUCCAUUGGAUGCCGGUACACACGAAGGCAUAUUAUUCACCACUAUAAAUCAGCGAAAUUGGCCGCAAAAUGUAGCUUAUAGAAUAACUUCGAGGUUUCCGGCGCAUCCGGCUGCUAGUUUCAAUUAUCCAAAUUUAACACGAUUGCCACCAAUUGCCACUCUUACCUUCACCAAGUUGAAACAAUAUAAUUUGGCUAAUGUUUAUCAUGAAGACGAAGCAGAGAUGGAAUUCGUCAGUAUUGAGAAAGCUUCGUCGCGCUAUUCUCCUGCGAAUGAAUUAAUGGAUAACACGGAAAAUGGAACACAUGUGGUCGAAAAAACCGCUGCAUCGGAUCACCAAAAAUACGGAUAUUGGCCGAAUAACAGCAAUCAAUACACGAUAGGAAACGAUAAACAGGAAAAUAACAAGGCUGCGAUAAUUGAUGGCAUUGUGUCAUUUUACCAUAAAUUUCCGAUGAGAAAAUACAAACACAGUGAAAGAUUGAAGAAAGCCUUUGGCGUGGGGGAUGUGAAGAGACCGAUACAGUCUAAUAAACCUAACAAAAGCAAUAACAUAGAUUCUCCAUUGUCACGGCCGACAAGUAGCUUAAUUCUGUCAAAUUCCCGAGUCAAUCAGCAGUUGCACAUGAAAAAUCGAGAAAUUCAGUGGAAAGGAAACUUGCAUAGACAACGGCCACUCAGAGAUUGCAAAUCCAGUGACUGGAGCGCUUGGAGUGCGUGCAGUCGAAGUUGCGGAGUCGGCGAGACGCAAAGGGUUAGAAAAAUAAUAGUUAAAGCACGUCGUGGAGGGAAACCAUGCCAUCCCCUGAAGGAAACCAAGUGGUGUGGCAGCGUAACUCCUUGUCCCAAUAUUAAUAAGCAGAUCGAUCAUUUUUAUAUCAAUUAAUUUAGUAUAAAAAAAAUAUUUAUGAAACCUA